UUUGAAGGAAGUAAAUGCGAGUCCUUCACCCCAUUUGAUUUCUCAGAUGUGCAGAAGUUGAAAAGAUCUCCGCCUCCAUCCUUCGGAUUAGGCGAUUCAUCGCCUCCAGGAGGCGCCUCUAUCAAUUGGCGUCUUUCCUUCGGCAAUGUCAACUCUUCACACGUUAGUAUCGCGCCUCCUGCUCCGAGGCCCUCAAAGCAGCACUUUCGCAACAGGGCCUCGUGGAGACCGGAGGUAAGGAUAAUCGGUGACAACCUGGCAGUGAACCUGUCUUGGCCUUCAAGGAACAGUCAGCAGCGUCAAAUAAGUCAUUAUCGUAUUCAGUUCCGCUACCGGGAUCCGCAUGAGCGCCAUUGGGACCGUCCCAUCGUUGUUGUGCAGACCCGCCUCUCUGGCAGGGUUCGGGAGCCCUACAUGUAUGUGACGAACAAGCAACCGGGUGGACUGGAGGCUGGCAAGGUCUACCAGUUCCAGGUGGUCGCGGUCUUUGUUAAUGCUGAGACACCAGAGGAGAAGAGUCGGUGGUCCGCUACCACCUCCUUCGACUACAUUUCGCCCGAGCCUCCUCUGGUGCGAGUGGCACGACGAUUGCCGGACGGAGCGGUUCACAUCAAGUGGUCAAGGCCCUGGCGACAAAACGACUUCAGGAUAACGCGCUUCAUAAUUCUUUUCCGUAAGGAGAAACGUCUCCCAGGUGGAGAGACAGCCUUCCACGGUUUCCAUCAUAUCACUGCAUUGGGCACCCUCGAGGAAUACAAAGUUACGCAACUAGACCAAAGGGCCGGCUACCAAUUCGUCGUCUACGGUGAAAAUACACCAGAAGGGGUCGACCCCUCGAAGACUCUCUUCACAGGUGGCCUCAACGGUCGAAAGAUCACCACCUUCAGUCAGGAAGUCUUCGUCCCCAUGGCUGUGCUAGCUUCAACCACCAAAGAGCAUGAUGGUGGUAUUGGUGGUGGUGGUGGUAAUAUGGGAAGUUUAUCCACUUUCAACCACCCAAGUCUCUUGGAUAUGAACGCCAGCUCCUCUAACUCCCUGAUGUUCCUUAUUCUUGGAGUGUUAGCGGGUGCAAUGCUCAUCGUCAUGACAUCUCUCGUCGCCAUCUGUUUCUUCCGCCAGCGAAAGGAAAAACUGCGGCUCCUCGCUCAAGUCAACGACAAAGCGCAUGACCAGUGCCAAGUGAAGCGCUGUGACUCACGCCGCGAUUCGUGUGGUGUCACCUCGGCACAAUUCGAUGAGCCUCCCUCUCUGCGUCGGAUUGUACGCUUCUGCAAUUUGAUGCUUCGCCAGUGCUGGGGGAAUGUGUUUUCUGACUUUCUGAAGGCAUUCAUUAACAAUCAAAUGGACGAAGAGGCAGCUACUCUUUCAGCGUUAAUUUUAUGCUUGCAUCUCUGUUCAGACAUACGAAUGGUAGCAGGAUCGCCGGCAGCGGGUGAGAGAGGCAUCCAGCUGACAAGAGCUGGCAGUAGUGGUGCUGAGUCGGUGGGCUCAAAGUUGGUUGCAUCAAAGUCAGGGACAGGCUUUCUCCUAUCCGAGUUGACUCCGAUUGCGGUGGCAAAUUUUCGUACAGCCUCCCCGCAGCUUAUCUCGGUCGCGGGGGAACGCGAGUCUCUAAUUACACCAACACCACUACCAUUCCCUGCAUGUGAGUCCCGUCCUAGAGGUAGCCCGACCACUGCACCAGGCGAGUUCAACGUGCCAGUUAUGGAGAUGAAACGCGAACCCCCUAGUGGGGGAUCCAUUCAUGAGGAGUCCGAUGGUGAGUUGGUCUUCCCAUUCGUUGACGACACUUCGAAGUCUGCAAAGGAUACAGCGAGACCUUCAACCACCCCUUCGACCCACAGGAAUGUCCUCUUUACGCAGAUUCCCUUCCACUCCCGCGGCUAUCCUCUGCGUGAUUCUCACCUCCACCGCCGUCCACCCUCUCCGGCGCUGGGAUUAGGGUUCGAGUUUCAGCGUCCCAGUCAAAACUACUCCUAUGACCAUGGACAGGGGAAGGAAUUCGAUGGGUGGGGAGUACCUGUGGAGGCACGUGGGACUCGACUAGGUAGGCUUGGGUCUCGUUCCUUCGCCUACCCAAACCCCACCACCAAUGCAGGCGAUUGGCUCCCAGGCCGGCAUUCCCCCAUUACUUCCACUCACUUCCUUAACUUGACAUCUCGUGGUCUUUUCCCACCGCCUCAACGCAUUCAAGCCAUUGUUCAACAGUCAGAUCGCAAUAAGGAGGAAGUGGGAGUGGUGAAGGAGAUGAAGAUUUCUGGGAAUCUCCGAGGUCCCGUGGAAGCGUCGCGAUCCCACGGUCCAAAGGCUCUACCUUGCUGGACGCAGGUGAUGAGUCCACUGGAGCGAUCCUACGUUCCACGUCGGAGGGGCUUCCUCGGCCUCCGCAGUCAUAUUCACUCGCUAGCAGUAACGCCUUCGACCAAUAAUGUAUCUGAGCAGCCGGAACAGGCGGACGCCUACACGCAGACACUGGCAAACACCGAUGGUAAUAACUCUGGUGUUGGCGCAACAUCACAUGGCAACGAUCAGUGUGCAUCCUCGUCUCCGGCAAAUGGUUCUCCGAGGGAGAUGGGCGUUAAUUUUUUCUUCCCUUCUGCCUCUCCUGCUGUCACUGUGCUUCCUACAGCAGGUUCGAGAACGGACACCAUCAGUCAUCGAGUGUAA